UGAUUCUUGCCGAGUGUGCUUCUCUGCCACCAGAUGCCGCUUAAUUACCUCCAAUAAUUCAUCAUAGCCUUCCACUUCCUGCCCGAACAGUUCAGUUCAGGAAGAAGAAAUAAUGGCGACGCUUCUGGGGUCUGAGUCCCCUUGUACUGGAGGAAAACGAAGAAAUUGCAACGGCAAUGUCGUCACAAAGUUCACGACUAGUAAAAUAACUGGUCAGGGUUUCAGUCGAGGGACACAGCUCCCAGGAGGCCUGCUCCAGGAGAGAGAUAAACGGGCCAAGUGGCAUGGCAUCCCAACUCUGCUGCAGAGGCUCUACGAGAGCAGCCAUCCCAACAGUGACCUCUCCCAUGCCCACAGCUUUCUUAAGGUUCUAUCAUCCCAGCUCUCUAUGGAGGCCAUGUCUUUUGUCACAGAGGACCGGAAGACCGCUCAGGAAUCUACCUUUCCCAACACGUACACCUUUGACCUCUUUGGUGGAGUCAAUCUGCUUGUGGAGCUCUUGAUGAGACCCACAUUAACUAUGCAGAAGAAAAAAGCCAACAUGAAUGAUGACUUGGUCAAGGACUGCCUUAGUGUUCUCUACAACUGUUGUAUAUGUACAGAGGGGGUCACAAAGAGCCUGGCAGCAAGGGAUGACUUUGUUCUGUUUCUCUUCACCCUGAUGACAAACAAGAAGACGUUCCUACAGACUGCUACACUAAUUGAAGAUAUACUUGGAGUCAAAAAGGAAAUGAUCCAGUUAGAGGGCAUCCCCAACCUGUCAGGCCUGGUCCAAAGCUUUGACCAACAACAACUAGCCAACUUCUGCCGUAUCCUAUCUGUCACUAUCUCAGAACCUGAUGUUGGAAACGACGAUAAGCACACUCUGUUGGCCAAAAAUGCACAGCAGAAAAGCAAUGCUAGUCCCUCACGGGCCGAGGUCAACCAGGUAACCCUGCUGAACAUCCCUGGCUUCAUUGAGCGGCUGUGUAAGUUGGCCACUAGAAAGGUGUCUGAGGCCACAGGAGCUAACUUCCUGCAGGAGCUGGAGGACUGGUACACAUGGCUAGACAAUGCUCUGGUCCUGGACGCCCUCAUGCAGAUGGCUACUGAGGAGGCUGAACAAAGCAGUACAGAGUCAUCAGAUGAGAGUUCCCUGGCCACCAGCCCUCUGAGACAUCGACUGCCCCAGUCCAUGAAGAUUGUCCAUGAGAUCAUGUAUAAAGUAGAAGUGCUCUAUGUGCUAUGUGUCCUCCUUAUGGGCCGACAGAGGAACCAGGUCCACAAGAUGCUAGCAGAGUUUCGUCUCAUCCCAGGGCUCAAUAAUCUGUUUGACAAGCUGAUCUGGAGGAAAUACACUGCCUCAAAUCAUGUAGUCCAUGGCCAAAAUGAGAACUGCGACUGUAGUCCAGAAAUAUCCUUCAAAAUCCAGUUCUUGCGGCUACUUCAGAGCUUCAGUGAUCACCAUGAGAAUAAAUACCUCCUACUGAACAGCCAGGAGCUGAAUGAACUGAGUGCCAUAUCCAUGAAGGCUAACAUCCCUGAGGUGGAAGCACUGGUCAACACAGACCGAAGUCUAGUGUGUGACGGGAAGAAGGGCCUUCUCACACGCCUUCUCACGGUCAUGAAAAGGGAACCUCCUGACUCGUCAUUUAGAUUCUGGCAGGCAAGGGCAGUGGAAAGUUUUCUCAGAGGAGCCACUUCCUAUGCAGACCAAAUGUUCCUCCUGAAGAGGGGACUACUAGAGCACAUCCUGUUUUGCAUCAUAGACAGUGGCUGUACGUCUCGAGAUGUCCUACAGAGCUACUUUGAUCUGCUUGGAGAGCUCAUGAAGUUUAACAUUGAUGCCUUCAAAAGAUUCAACAAAUAUGUCAACACUCCAGAGAAGUUUCAGACCUUCCUGACGCAGAUCAACAGUUCUCUGGUGGACUCUAACAUGCUGGUGCGCUGCAUUGUCCUUUCAUUGGACCGCUUUGAGAGCCAGACUGAAGAUGUCAAAGUGGUGGAGGUGCUCUCUGAAUGCUGCCUGUUGUCCUACAUGGCCAGAGUUGAGAACAGGCUGGCCUUCCUCUUCCGUCUGAUCAACAUCAUCAACGUACAGACACUCACACAGGAGAAUGUGAGCUGUUUAAACACCAGUUUGGUGAUCUUGAUGCUGGCCAGAAGAAAGGCAAAACUGCCUUUCUACCUCAACGCCCUGCGGGAGAAGGAGUAUGCCGAAAAGUACCCAGGCUGCCUACUCAACAACUUCCACAACCUGCUUCGCUUCUGGCAGCGCCACUACCUCAACAAGGACAAAGACAGCACCUGUCUGGAGAACAGCUCCUGUAUCCCCUUCAGCUACUGGAAGGAGACUGUGUCAGUGCUGCUGGGCUCAGACAGGACUUCUCUGUGUGCCAUAGCAAGCUACAUUGAUGAACCCUACAUGGAUCUGGACAGAGACCUGCUGGAAGAUUGACCUCCAGUUUGUUCACUUAGUGAGCACGGGGUGGGACAGGGCAGAAGGUCACAGGAGCAUGGACACCUAAAGCUGGUGAUAUCUCCGCUGAGCCAUCCAGGCACUUUGACUGUGUUCUGGGUGUAAAGACUUGCCUGUUUUUGUCUGUACCUUUUGCAUUGAGGGUGUCAUCACAAACGUGAUGAGAUGUAAUUUGCCUGGCUGUCGUCCUCUCACUAAGUUACCGACUUCUUCUUCAAAGGUAGAGGAGGAAACCUGUAUGCCCGCCCCACAUCGUUUGACAAUUAAGGGACCUUGUGAAAUGACACCUGCUUUGGUUGUUUGCUUUAGGUGAAAUUCAAA